GUGCUGUAGAAUUUUUAAUCUUUGAGAGAAUAUAUGAUGUAUAAAUCAGUCACUCAUGUGCUGUUCGACAUGGACGGAUUGUUAUUAGAUACAGAAAGGCUGUACACAGUGUCUUUCCAAGAGAUCUGUGACCGCUUUGGUAAAAUAUACACAUGGGAUGUGAAGUCCUCGGUUAUGGGAAAGAAGGCUCUCGAUGCCGCCAAGAUCAUCCGGGACUCCCUGGAUCUGCCCAUGAGUGCUGAGGAGCUACUGGAGGAGAGCAGAGUGAUACAGGAACGCCUGUUCCCCUCAGCAUCAUUGAUGCCAGGUGUGGAGAAGCUGGUCACUCAUCUGCAUAAGAACAAAAUCCCCAUCGCCGUGGCCACCAGCUCGGCCGGCGUGACCUUUCGGAUGAAGACGAGCCAACAUAAAGAUUUCUUCAGCCUCUUCGACCACGUCGUCCUUGGCGAUGACCCGCAGGUGAAGAACGGAAAGCCUCAGCCCGACUCCUUCCUCGUGUGCGCCAGCAGGUUUAACCCCGUGCCUAACCCAGAACAGUGUUUGGUGUUUGAGGACGCACCCAAUGGAGUGAAGGCAGGCUUGGCAGCCGGCAUGCAGGUGGUCAUGAUCCCAGACCAGAACCUGGACCGUAGCCUCACACAGGAAGCCACGUUAGUGCUCGACAGCAUGGUGGACUUCAGACCGGAACUCUUCGGCCUUCCAGCAUAUGAUUAGAGUCUCGAUUUGCUCUUUGACCCACACAGUAUGCUGGUCAUGGUGAAAAGCUGCAUUCACGGGUACAGAAGAGACGAUUUAACACUUAAAUUCUAAAGGCAAAACUGGUAUUUAGUGCAAAUUUCAAUUUCCACAAUUACUACUUGAUCAGAUGAUUAGCCAUAUAUUUGUAAAUCAAAAUAGUUUGGUGUAAAUAAAUAAAAAUAAAACCUCUGCAUUUACAUGGAUUACAUAUAAGGUACGUCAGGUUAUCUGUAAAAUAAAUGUAAUGUGUGACCAUCACUUUUUCCUGGUCAGGGUUGCAGUGGGUCUGAUUCAUUGGGCGAGAGGCAGGAAACACUCCAGACAAGGUCGCCAGUCCAUCACAAGGCAAACACACACACACUUUUUAUGGUAAUUUCUAGUUGCUCCAGUUGAGGUUACUGCAUGUCUUUGGACUUGAGGGAGAAAACCCAGAUGGACAAAGAGAGAACAUGCAAACUCAACACAUAAAGGACCCUGGAUGUCCAGCCAUGGUAUCGAUUAUUGUUUAUUGAGAUUUUAACGUCAUGUUACUCUUUACACAAGGUUCAUCAGUCAUGGACAAUUUGUGUCUCCAGUUAACCUCACUUGCACGUCUUUGGACUGUGGGAGGAAACCGGAGCACCCGGAGUAAACCCACGCAGACACGAGGAGAACAUGCAAACUCCACACAGAAAGGACCCGGACCGCCCCACCCCACCUGGGGAUCAAACCCAGGACCUUCUUGCUGUGAGGCGACAGUGCUACCCACUUAGCCAACGGUGCCGCCCGCCAAGGUAUCGAACCCAGGCUCUUCUUGUUGUGAGGUGACAGUGCUACCAACCAAACCACUGUGCUGCCCCAUUAAACAAAAUGACAUAAUCAUAAGCAAUAAAAAGUAAAACUGAUGUUCAUCAUACAGUAUAAAAAUAAAUCAUAAACUUUAAUAUCUUUUACUUUUUUUGCUGAAUGAAGACAGUAAAAGUUGAUUUGCAUCAAAAAAUCCAGCGGCUCCAGGGCAACCGGGUCCACCACGACCCUGAUCAGGAUAAUACAUAGGGAUAAUACAUGAAAAUUACAUGAUAUAGGUUUGUUUAUGCUUAUAAUGAAUAGCAUUUUAAUCAGUACUAAGUCCAAAGACUGUGUGUGUGUGUGUGUGUGUGUGUGUUGGAAGUGGAUAUACUGUAUUUACUGUCUCUCCAGAAAAGAAAACCGGCUUUUUCAAUAUUAUGUUCAUCAUACAGUAUAAAAAUAAAUCAUAAACUUUAAUAUCUUUUACUUUUUUUGCUGAAUGAAGACAGUAAAAGUUGAUUUGCAUCAAAAGAUGUGGAGAAGAAAGUAAGAUCAUUCGUCUGAGAGCUGAACCUGAGGUGUAACUUAAAUAUGCAGCCUGACUAUAAUCAAAACAAUAAAGCAACAACUGUUCAUGUCAAUCAUCCUAGCACUGCGUCUGGUGGGAAAAACCUUUAAUUUGUCUUAAAUAAAUAACAUUAGGGCGCUCAUGUUUGCCUCUCAGCUGUGCUCCUGACCUGGCCGGCUGUCCAGCAGACACGAUUGACUGUAUCUGAUGAAAGGAGGUUGAUGGAGUUCCUCAUUGUUGCUCAAAUGCGGCCUCUGCUGGAUUGUUUAGGCAGUUGCACGAGGGAUGGAACCCUGCAGAAAAGCACAACUAAGCGUCUCUAAUGAUGGUGUGAGUGGCCGAUGAGUUACAAUUUAAAUGCUGGAGUCAAAUAGAUUGGGAUAAAACAGGGGAAAUGUAAAAGUAGUGUAAAAAAAUUAAUUGUUUCAUAAAAUUUGGUUUCAUUUAUGGUUGUUUUGUGUAGUUUUUUGGUUAUAUUUUAAAAUUGUUUACUGUGACAAAUAUGCAAUAA